AUCUUACUACACACUAUGCACCACGCAACCGAAAUAUAUACCCUUUUUCAGAUGCAGGCGUUGACGGUGUGGUCUUUUUGUUUGUUGUGUACCUUCACCAUUUGCCAUGCACAAGGCCGCAAAUAAAAAAUAAUCAUAACUUCUUUAGUAUUUGUAGUCUGAUCAGUUGUUAAACACGUAUCUUUAGUGCUUUACUAAAUGUGUUGACAUCAUUAUGUUUAAGUUAAAUGUAGGCCUAUUAUAAAUGCCAGUCUGGUAGCAUAAUGUUAUUCAGUUUUAGACAUGUUUUCCCAUUGUGUUCUGCCGUUGCUGAUACGUUGUUCGUGUGUUUUCCCGUUUGUUUAAGUUCCUUGCCUAAAACUAUAAGAUUUCAAUUAUGAAUGCAUGAUCCGUCGCUACGCUAAGUUAGAAAAGUUCCUAUGUUAGACUAACAGUACAGUCUUUGCCUAAUAACUCGGUUGUGUCAGUCGGAUACGUCUCUAACAUGUAGACCUACUUACCAACGGCUUGCAUGUCCCAUAUUUCGGCCUUCGCUGUAUUACAAGUUCGGAGGUGUAUCAGACCUAUCAGAGAGGUCCUGGCUCCCAAAGAUACAGGAAUCUUCAGCAGAACAUGAAAGCAUUAAACUUAAGCCGGCUACUGACCAUCUGGAAUUACGCUCGGGUUGUGGGGCAUGUUUGUUUGAUUUUAUUUCCAGCACAAAUACGCUAGCUAUUGUUAGUUUGUCUUUAGCUAAAGACUGGAAAGGGAAUAAGGGGGGGAGAAUCAAAAAAAGUUUAAUGAAAUAAAAUCGCAUGCGACGCCAUGUGUGAUCCUAACGAAAAACAACGUGAGUUGUUUAAUUUAAUACGAAACAUGUUUAUUGACAUUAAAUCUCGAACAGCAUCAUCUUUUCCUAAACCAAAUGCUGGUUCUCUGCAAUGCGAUCCGUCCUUCUGAAAAACUAACCACAUUAAAUAAAACCCGCUUUUACAAGGUCCGGCCAAAACGUCUGUGUAUGCCCUUGGUAUAAAGUUAUGUAGAUUUUAUGAGCUUUGUUUUUUCUGUUUUGACCUAAUGGGACACGGGGGCAAGAACGGUAAACAGGUGAAUAAAUAAUGGCUAUUCGCUUGAUUUCAUAGCCUGCAUAAUGAUGACUAUAAACAGUGUCAUCAUUGGCAUACGUAAUGGUCGUUGUCAAAUAGCGGUGUAAGGAAAACUCAUAAGCAUGCGUUUUACUGUAAACCUUAAAUAUGGGCGACCACAGUAAAUGAGCAAAGCAUUUACAGAAAGGUUUAUUUUUAAACGACCGAAUAGAAUUACAGGAGUCUAAGCUAGUUAACAUCUGUCAAGUUAACGCCACCUGCCAGAUCUCUGCUGCUGUCGCAGCUGAUCAUAAGAACUGAUCCGACCGCUAUAAUUAAUUAACACGACCGUCGAAAAGGUUAGCGGAGAUACAAGUGAAGCGUCGGCUGCUGGAGCGGAGACAGUCAGACCGCCUUUAUCACGACACAGAGGAUCAAAGGCAAAGCUCCUUCUCUAGAAGGAACCGUAUUAUCGAAACCCAUCUGCUGUUAUUUGCUAAUCUCUGUUAUAUGAUGGGGUGACACUUUCAUAAUGAAAUGUGUGGUAUUUCAUAAUCUUACUUUAAUCGUUUUAAACACAUACGUGUUCCAUUCCAAAUUAUAAUCACAGGAGCCAGUAGAUUUCACAGGGUGUUGUUCCUGCACACAGUAAAAGACAUCCCUUAGACUUGAAUAAAUUUAUUGAUACGGCUGACGUUUGCGUUUAUUUACUUGGGCUCGUACAAGAGUAGCAAUUAAGCCUUAUUCUUGAAACCAAAAUUACAACUGGAUGUGGUUUUGUACAGUUAUCUUUGAAUAUGGUGCAUGCAUUAGUGUCAUGUCCUACUAGACCUGUAGACACUAAACACACAACAGUAUUUUACUUGUGACAUUUCAAUAAUAAUUAAAAGAAUAUAUUCAAUCCCCUUUUUUACUAUAUGGAUAAAUUUCGGGACUGUAAAUCUUUGGUGCUAAAGUAUAAAAAUUACGCGAACUGAACAUACGGUCGUUUAGCAAAAUAACAGGAAAAGCAUCGUUCGGCGACGGUAUACGUAAAUUCUGUGUUUAACAAUAUAUUAGUAUAACUAAUGUUACAAACUAGAUUUGCCAGUGAUGUACUUCUAUACGUUUGACAAUGCGGAGUUGUUUGUAUUUUUCAUAGACUGAAAAAUUGCAGGCCAAUUCGUUAAUUGGGGAAAUUAUAACGUAGAACACAACGUUAAUGUAAAAGUUCGACAGCGAAAGACACGUAAAUCGGGAAUAAAAAUGUCCUGUGGAUGUUUUAAUAGCAUUUAGAAAGUGUUUUGUUUGAUCAAACUGACAUAGAAAACAUUGACAAAUAGCAAAGUUCGAUUAUCAAUAACUAAAUUUAUAAUAAUAAAUGUACUUGCUUCGUUGUUUCUAUAGGACAGUUUAGAAAUAAAGCGAAGAAUUUACCCCGAAAGCGCGCCUUGCAGGAUGAAAAUAAUUUAUUCUGUACUACGUAGACAUGUUAAUUAACCAAUAAUUAAAUGAAAUCUUGUGUGCGUGUCCUGAAGCUAAUACGUUGGUAAUUUUCUUGUCAGUUUUCUAAUGAUUUAAUCUUUAAGUAAUAAUACAUUUUGAAACGUAAGUAAAAAGUUAUCUAAGGUAGGAGAAUAUUGUGGGGUCAUGACCUUUACCUCCCCCAUACGUGUCAGCGAUGGCUAACGUGCUGAACCGUAGAUUUGCUUCAAGGUUUCCUUCUGGUUAAAUAAAACUCAAUGUCAAAUGUUAUCGCCGCAAAAUCAUCUCUAAGGUGACACAACCAAAUGAUCUCACUGGUAUUCAAAAAAAAAAAAACGGCGCUAUUUCUUUUAUAAAACAAAAAAAUCCAUUGACACAUAAAAACUAACCGAGUACAUGUUGAUCGGCAGCAUGAUUGUUACAUAUUUAUUUGCAAAUAAGAAUAGGCCUAUAUAAUAAAGAAUAAUCACUACAUAGUGAAUUUGGUAGCUCAACGAGCGCAUUGCGCUAAUUCAGAGGCCGUUGGUUCAAAUCUCAAAAGAUGCAAAUAAAUUACAACCGAUCUCUCUACUUUAAGUCGCCUUGGAUAGAACAGUCGCGUAAAAUGUACAUGCAUAUAAUAGAUAACCUAAUGAACGGCCUUGUCGUUUUGUAAUUAUUUCGAACAUUGUUUCAAUUUAAAAUAAAAUUCUCUGAAAGGCGGAGGAAAGGUCAUUAAAAUUUAAGAAUGGGUUUAUAUAAAUAAGGACUGAAAAUUGACUUUUUUAAAUGCAAUUUUAUUAAAACAGUUCACUAAAUAUUCCUAUAAUUUGACAAAUAUAGCGAACGUAGGUUGCAAUAAAAUGUUGUAUUAAAGCACAGCUGGGAGAUGUAUAGAUUUUGUACCACAAGGGAAGCAAAAUUGUGCGUUUUUCGCGUAACGUGCACAAAAAUUAUCCCUAGUUUGGCAUUCUUUGAUAACGACUACAUUUUACAAUGAUUUCCCACCAGCAGGAGCCGCUGUUUCAAAUUAAGCUCAGUAAGGGAAUAUAAAAACGAAUAAUUCAGAAUUGAAGUGUACAACUGCACCUUUAUUUUUUUGUCUUUAGACUUUCAGAACGCAGAUCAGAUUCAGGCAAAUUUGGGUUUCUUUACUUACAGUUACAGACUUUACGUAUAUAGGUGCAGGUUUUAAUUCAAAGGAAAUUUUACGUUGGCAUUAACGUUCUGUAAAUUGAGAUUAUGUAAACUAUACGCUCACAGUUGUAAUUUUGAUUAAAUAAAUACCUUUUGCUUUAAGUAUUAAUAAGUUUAACGUUCUUCUGGUAAGGUUGGUAAGGUGAUUUGGGCUGUGGUUAAAAUUAACGAAAGUAUCCCAUCAUCUGUAUAUGUAGGUGAAACAAAAACAACACCAAAGUAACAACAUUUGCGGGAAAUUCGUUAAGUUUAAUUCUUUUACAAUCGGUAUAAAAAUACUAUAUAAAUACAAUAUCCUACAACAGGCAUGUUCCCAAUGUAUAGCUAUGAAAUCCCGCACACAAUUAUUAGUGUCCACAAUGUUACAUAUUUAGGAAAAUGGCUAUUUUAAAAAUGAUAACAAUGUGACAAUUAUACAUUUAAAAUUGUAAUUAAAUUGAAUCGAAGUUUAACUAUUCGACUCGUAUGACUAUUCUGGACUGUGAAUAUUAGCUUAGUGGGGCAAAAGAGGCGCCAAAAGAACCAAUGAUUUUAAUUAUUUUUUUAUUAUUUCAAAUAUAUAUGACUACUAAAAUCACUACUUUUAUUUAGAUAAUUAUUUGCGAGCUAAGGCGAAAUUGUGGUCAGACAUAAAGUUAUUUCUUAACAAGUGGUUUCCUAAAAAGCUUAAUUUUCUGAAGUGAACGAAAUUCGCAGAUAUUGUCUUUUGGGGAGAAAAUCUGAGUAGCAUUCAUUAUGAUUGCUUAGGCUGAUGGACACAUGAUUGGCAGGUCACCUUUUACUACUGGAAACAAUGGAACGUAUACCUCAAUCUAACGCCCGUAUACUGAGGGUGGUAUGAACUUGGACAGAAUCUCCGAGGCUGUAAGACCCCAGCCGGCGCGCGACAUGGCUUCCACCUUCCACUUGCCCAGGACUUCCAGCAGCAAACGCGAAACGUUAGAUAACUCCAGCAGCGAAUCGUCAGAUACUGAAAUUGCAGACAAGGAAAGGCUCGCAGAGCACAGAAGCGAUGAUGGAACGGCCGAGGACCCCAAAAAGAAGAAACAGCGGCGACAGAGGACGCAUUUCACCAGCCAGCAGCUGCAAGAGUUGGAAGCCACAUUUCAGCGAAACCGGUACCCGGACAUGAGCACCAGAGAGGAGAUAGCCGUGUGGACUAAUCUCACCGAGGCCAGAGUUCGGGUGUGGUUUAAAAACCGCAGGGCGAAAUGGAGGAAACGGGAGCGCAACCAGCAGAUGGACUUGUGCAAAAACAGCUACCUGCCGCAGUUCAGCGGUCUGAUGCAGCCUUACGAAGACAUGUACCCGGCGUACACGUAUAACAACUGGACGAAUAAGGCACUGGCUCCCGCCCCGCUGUCCACGAAAAACUUUCCAUUCUUCAACUCCAUGAGCCCGCUGACUUCCCAAUCCAUGUUCUCGGCGCCGAACUCCAUCUCUUCCAUGAGCAUGGCUUCCGGCAUGGGUCACUCCGCCGUGCCCGGCAUGCCUGCAUCCGGCCUGAACAACAUCAGCAAUCUUAAUGGCAUAAGCGGCUCCUCGAUCAAUUCGGCCAUGUCUUCGUCCACCUGCCCUUACGGACCACCUGGUUCCUCUUACAGCGUGUAUCGGGACACUUGUAACUCCAGCCUGGCCACGCUGAGACUGAAAUCUAAGCAGCACCCUACUUUUGGAUACAGUGGCCUGCAAAGUCCAGGUUCGGGCCUAAACGCCUGUCAGUACAACAGUUGACGUUUUAGACAAAAUUAAACAUCACAAGCGGACCUGCGGAUGGCACAAACCGACAACUGGAUUGGUUGCAGUCGUUUUAAAUGGAUUAUGCGGGUUUUAUGUGAUUACUUAUAAACUUGCACAACAAAAUAUCCAUGUUUUGGAUUUCAUAGUGAAGACAUUUGUUACAUUGUCACAUUGUAAAUACGGAAAAAGGAACAAUUGUCGACCUUUAGCUUGCUUGCUUUGAAGACUUAAACUAUUUGAAUCUUGCUAUCAUUGUUGGACGGGGAAAAUUAAUAAACAAACUUAAAUCUUUAACGGAUAUAACAUGGUAAAAGAAAUUAACUGUUGUAUGUAAAUUUUUAUACUUCCCCUUUGUGUCUGUGUGUGUGUUUUUUACGUGCAGAAAGCGCACAUUUUACGAAGCAGCCGGCGUCAUGUAUUUGUGGAACAACUUCCAGCGCUUGGUUUGACGUAUUUUUUUAUUUCUUUGCUUGUCUUAAUAGAAAAAAACGCAUGCUUCACUCCAGUGCAACGUGAUUUGUACAAACUGAUAUUAUUGUAAGAGGAGAAAUAAGCAAAUCGAUUAUUCUGUAUCCAAAAAGGUGAAUGGAAAUUAUCAACAUGUUUAUUGCAAUACAGAAUGUUUUAAUAAAGUUCAGGCGAAGGGCCGAU